UGUUGCAACGACGAGCAGACCUUCUUCAUUGUGACCUUCUCCUGCUACGUCGCCGCCGUGGGCCUCGUGUGGCGCUCGCCAGUCUUCAAGCCCUUCAAGCUGUGGACGACGUUGAUGCACGAGUUCUCGCACGCAUGCGGAGCUUGGCUGACGUGCAACAAGGUGACCGGGAUCGAGGUGCACUGGAACGAGGGCGGGCUCACUCACUGGCAGGGCGACACGAGGCGUAUGACAAUGUCGAAGCACGUCGUACUGCCCGCCGGCUACCUCGGGUCGACCCUCUGGGGCGUCCUAACGAUCCUCUCAGUCUCCAACUACGGUUGGGCGCGCGUCACGGGUUGCGUGAUGCUCACCGCCUGCGUCAUCUGUCUCGCGUACGCCAUCUUUGGCAAGUCCAAUGAGGAGCGCACGCCGCUCAUUGCGUGCUGCAUCGCGUUUGGGGCGCUGCUCGGGACAACCACCGUGCUGUCGUACGUCAUGGGCGGAGACCCGGGCAGCCACAACCACAUCUGGGACCUGCUCCUCUACUCGGUCCUCCUCUUUGUGGGCACCCUCAACGCCAUGUACGCCACCGUCGACAUUUACGACGACACCAUCUCGCGCACG